AGUGUGACUGGGUGGUUGUGACCUUUAAUUGUGACUUGAAUGAGUAACGCUGAGUUUUGCAAAUCAAAGUAGACUUCGCGUGCUUGCUAGUUACAAGUUACAACCAUCCUCCACAAACUUGCCAGGGUUGUGUCUCAUUGUAUGCUUCGUUUUACUGGAAAGAAUGUUGCAGUGAACAGAUUACAGCUGUCUCACUACGCAAGAGUCGAACGGAAAGUUCCAGCACGGUCUGCCUCUACUUCCACUUCCUCCAAUGACAAGUCUAGUCAUACCUCAAAUCUACCACCUUCUGCCGUAUCACCUCGCAAGCAUCGGGUGGAGCUCAAACCUGGCCCAUUGAAGAGACCUUCACCAUCAAGCGCGACACCAAGGCCUCACUCGACAUCUCCAAAACAAACACACCUCUCAUUUCCAGCAUUUCGUCCUUCUCCAACAUCAAGUACACCAGAUUCUGUUCCGUCUGCAAUCGAGCUAGCGAAGCAAGACAUAGCAGAUGCAACUGCUCAGGGAGUUCUUCGAUCAGCUCCACAUGAUGCCGGUACCAUCAAGCGCUUCACUCAUCAAGCCUUCGAACUCCUUAAAUUCUAUUUCCGAGGCCUAAAGGCCAUAAAUACACACCGUAAACAGGUAGCAGCAAUUCGUUCACGCAUAGCUACAGGCGGUGCCGCGCUCUCCAGAGCGGAGUCGCGUUUCAUCAGAACAUUCCAGCAGGAUGCACUGAAGCUCAUUCCGUUCGUUAUUAUUGUCGUGGUUAUGGAGGAGCUCAUUCCUUUUAUUGCCCUUUACGUCCCUCAAAUGUUGCCAUCUACGUGUGUCCUUCCAGGUCAACGUGAUCGCAUCAGUGCGAAGGCACGCAACAAUCAACAAUUGGUACUCGCAGGGAACUGGAAAUCAUUCGAUCUUUUGCGGAAAGAAAGCGAAAGCUCUGGCUUCAUUCCGACUCUCAGUCUGAAAAAUCCAGGGACACUUUGCGGAGUCAUCGGUGUCCCCGCUUGGGGGCCACUGCAACUGGUUCAGUGGCGUCUACAACGCCACUUUCAGAACAUUGCGUCUGACGAUAAGAUGCUCAAACAAGAGGCGUAUGGACGUGAUCUCACCCUUCCAGAGUUGAAGGAAGCCUUGCAAGAGCGUGGAAUGCCUAUGUUUAGCGAAACGAAUUCCGCAGAUGAGCUGAGGACCCAACUCAAGUGGUGGAUAGAUAUGACAGAGAUUAUGCCCGAGGGCGCGGAUGCUGUCAGUAGGCGCUUGUUCAUGCUCAGUAUUAUUGGGUCACAUAAGUGAAUGCUGUCGGCGUGCCCUGCUAUCCUCCUGUGGUGCAGUGUGGGACAGACAGACUUUCUUAGAUCUAGAGGUCAAUCAUAAUAUCUCAACU